AAACUUGAAAAGGACAGACUGUAAAACAAACAAACAAAGACCACCUAAAAAGUAACUUCCCAGGAUGAGACAAUAUGUUCCAGUUCCAACUCUUGAGCAGGAGAAACCCUAUGACUACAACUUUGCAUUGGAACCACGUCCAUAUGUGUGUUUGGGAGUAUGCUGUUGCUGUGCUGCUUUGCGCCCUCGUUACAAACGGCUGGUGGAUAACAUAUUUCCGGAAGACCCCAAAGAUGGCCUUGUUAAAGCUGAUAUGGAGAAGUUGACCUUCUAUGCAGUUUCUGCUCCAGAGAAGCUGGAUCGAAUAGGUGCUUACCUAGCAGAGAGACUGAGCAGAGAUGUUGUUAGACAUCGCUUUGGGUAUGUUUUAAUUGCCAUGGAGGCAUUGGACCAACUUCUGAUGGCUUGUCAUUCUCAAAGCAUAAAACCAUUUGUAGAAAGCUUUCUGCACAUGGUGGCCAAGUUGCUGGAGUCGGGGGAACCAAAACUUCAAGUUCUUGGAACCAAUUCUUUUGUCAAAUUUGCCAAUAUUGAGGAAGACACACCUUCCUAUCACAGACGCUAUGACUUUUUUGUUUCUCGGUUCAGUGCCAUGUGUCAUUCCUGUCAUGAUGAUACAGAAAUACGAACUGAGAUCCGGAUUGCUGGAAUCAGGGGUAUUCAGGGAGUGGUUCGCAAAACAGUUAAUGAUGAACUUAGAGCAACCAUAUGGGAGCCUCAGCAUAUGGACAAGAUAGUUCCCUCGCUGCUGUUUAAUAUGCAGAAGAUCGAAGAUUUUGACAGUCGUAUUGGUCCACCUUCAUCACCUACAGGAGGUGAGAAGGAAGAAAACCCUGCUGUAUUGGCUGAGAACUGUUUCAGAGAACUACUAGGCCGAGCAACCUAUGGGAAUAUGAACAAUGCUGUCAGACCAGUUUUUGCGCAUUUAGACCACCACAAACUAUGGGACCCCAAUGAAUUUGCUGUCUCCUGCUUCAAAAUCAUCAUGUAUUCUAUACAGGCUCAAUACUCCCAUCAUGUAAUUCAGGAAAUCCUGGGACACCUGGAUGCUCGUAAAAAGGAUUCACCACGAGUGCGAGCAGGGAUUAUUCAGGUUCUUUUGGAAGCAGUGGCCAUUGCUGCUAAAGGAUCCAUAGGCCCAACUGUCUUGGAGGUGUUUAACACCCUACUGAAGCACUUGCGUCUUAGCGUUGAUUUUGAAUUAGGAGACAGACGUAGUUCAGCUGACAGUGCCGUUGUCAGCACAGGCUCCAAAGAAAGUGAUGAGAGGAUUGUCCAGAAUGCCAUUAUUCAAACAAUUGGGUUUUUUGGAAGCAAUCUUCCAGAUUACCAGAGAUCAGAGAUUAUGCUGUUCAUCAUGGGGAAAGUACCUGUUUUGGGGACAUCUUCGCAUUCAUUGGAUACAAGUUACCUUGGGGAUUUGGGAACUAGGCGAAUUCAGAUCAUGUUGCUGAGGUCUUUGAUUAUGGUGACUUCAGGAUAUAAUGCAAAGACCAUUACUGCUGCACUUCCUGCUGCAUUUCUUGAUCCUUUACUGUCUCCUUCACUUAUGGAAGACUCUGAGCUAAGGCAGUUGGUCUUGGAAAUAUUGCAUAAUCUUAUUGAUCGGCAUGACAACCGAGCAAAACUUAGAGGAAUAAGAAUUAUACCAGAUGUUUCUGAUCUGAAGAUAAAACGAGACAAAAUUACACGGCAAGAUGUGAGCUUCAUGAAAAAGCAUGGACAGCAGUUGUACAGGCACAUUUACUUAGGCUGUAAAGAAGACGACAAUGUUGAAAAGAACUUUGAACUGCUGUACACAUCUCUAGCACUUACCACGAUCGAACUAGCUAAUGAAGAAGUGGUUAUUGACCUCAUUCGACUGGCCAUUGCUUUGCAGGACAUUGCCAUCAUUAAUGAGGAUAACUUGCCAGUGUUCAAUCGCUGUGGGAUCAUGGCAUUGGUUGCAGCUUACCUCAAUUUUCUAAGUCAGAUGAUUGCAGUCCCUGCUUUUUGCCAGCAUGUCAGCAAAGUCAUUGAAACUAGAACUGUGGAAGCACCCUGUUUUCUUCCAGAAAACAUAUUCAACAAGUGCACUCUUCCAAAAUCCUUGGAGAAGCACGAAAAAAAUUUGUUUUUCCUGACAAACAAGAUUGCAGAGUCAUUAGGUGGCAGCGGAUACAGUGUGGAAAGACUGUCGGUUCCAUAUGUGCCCCAAGUAACAGAUGAAGACAGACUUUCCAGAAGGAAGAGUAUUGUGGACACUGUGUCUAUUCAGGUGGAUAUUCUGCCUGGCAGCAACUCAGAGGAUAAGGUCAAUAACACCGAAGAAAUCACCUUUGAAGCUUUGAAGAAAGCCAUUGAUAAUACUGGACUUGAGGAGCAAGAGAAGGAAAAGAGACGCCUUGUGAUCGAAAAGUUCCAGAAAGCACCUUUUGAAGAAAUUGCAGCACAAUGUGAAACCAAAGCGAACUUGCUUCAUGACAGACUUGCGCAGAUACUGGAGCUCACCAUUCGUCCUCCACCUAGCCCUUCAGGAACGUUGACUGUUACCGCUGGACAUGCUCAUUACCAAUCCGUUCCAGUCUAUGAGAUGAAGUUUCCAGAUCUUUUUUGACAGUGCAAUCACAGCUGUUAGUGGAUGACGAAACAGCCCCUUACCUACAGCAUUCCGUUGUGAUUGUUACUGCUGCAACGUAUCAGCCUGAUCUGACCAGACUCAUCACAUUAAUAGAACUCGUUGUCACCCUAGUUUUUUAGUUGUCACUUUUUGUUUUUUUAAGGUAAGCCAUGCUAGUUUUUUGACCUAUAUAAAGAGUGUAAAUCAAACCGGGGGACACAAUGUAAGACACUGUCCAUUGAUGUCAUUUUAUAAAGUAACACUGUGUGCUUUUGUACAAAAAAAAAAGAAAUAGAAUUAAGGAGUUUAAAGAAUAAGAAACAAAGAAUGUACUUUCAUUUGCACUGUUGCAGUAAGCAGACUCUGCUGUAAAUACAGACUUUCUUCUGGUUAACUGAAUUUUGUUGCAUGUAUACUGCAUGUGAACAAUUCUAUUCAGCAUUUCACGUACAACUCAUUGGAAGUCUGUUUAUGAAGUAAUUUUCAUUUAUUAACGUGGUAGGCUUCCACGUGUUAUAAACUCAGACAAGCCAUGCCUAGGAUGUGCAGAUAGGAAGAAAUAAAAGGUCUAUAAUCUUCAGAGUGUUGGCAUGGCAUUUCAUUUCCUCCUAGCUGGAAACAUAGAGUCUGGAGAUGUAUUCUGGCCAUUUUGGACAGACAAAGAAUUUGGGAUUUAUGGGGGUCCAUUGUGUAAUAUAGUAUACCCAACAGUUUAUCAUAGUAAAUCAUAGGUAAUAAAACCAAAUACAUUUAAAACUGUUCUAAUGUAUACAGUUGCUUUGCAUCAGUUAUUUCUUUCUGUUCCUGAAAAGUUGAACAGCUUAGAAUCCAAAGUGUGCACAAUGGGCCUAUCGUAUCUGUGAUGGUUUCAAUACUGUUUGGAUGUUUAUGGUAUCCAGCUGAUGUUUGUAUGUGUUGCAGCUUUUGCUUUAAACUCUUCUAAAUGUACUGUCACUUUAAGUAAUUAUGAAUUUUGGUAGCAAUUCACUUAAAGUAAAUGAAAUCUGUGUUACUUUUGGAAGCAACAAUUAGCCUGUUGUCCAAAGUCAGAGUAGGGCAGCUUUUUCUGUUGUACUGAUGUUCCUCUAUUUUCUGUACUGUCUGUAAUGAACCAGUUUCAUGAAAUGUUACAAUACACUGUGCAAUCAACAUUUAAGCAAUAAAUAAACCAAAAAGUUAAAAUAAC